UGCUGCUUGUGGCUUUUUGGCCGGCUCGGAGCUUGUUUUAUCUUUUGGUUCCGGACUCGUAUCUGUGGUGGCGGUCAGCUCAACAGAAAAGGACUCAUCAGUUAGUUAUCGAUCUCUCACUAGGAGAGCGCGUGCGACUAACUGUUGGACAUCCAACAGACAUGCGCGCGCGUUGCAGCCACACACUCGGGGUAACUGCCACAUAGCGAGCUAGCUAGCUAAUCGGAUAACAGGCAAAAGAAGCUGUCAACCGACUUCAUUUGUAGGUUCACGUCUGUAUAUAUUGUUUAAUUUAGAAGCUGAGUUCGGUUUUUAAAGGAACAAUGAACACGAGCGUGCCGGAGCGGGGCCGUCUCGAUCCCCGGUGACGGUGUUCAAUGGGCUGCGGGUUGUUUCAGAGCUAGCCGUGCUGGUUCUGACCGCGGGGACGAAGCUGAGCUAAACACGCCAACUGGACUUUAAACUGGACUUUAACGGGUCGACCUGAGGAACAUGGAGGACAAGUACAGCAGCAACGUGCUGUCCGGGGGCCAGCUGGGCAUGGUGGAGCUGCCCAACUCCAGGUUAACCAGAUACAUCGUUUUACUGGUCGUCACGAAGAUCCUCAAAGCUCUUGGGAUCUUUGAGUCUUACGAUAUCCUCAAAGUUGUUCACAUUGUCCAGUUCAUCUUUAUACUGAAAUUAGGGAGUGCCGUCAUUCUGCUUUUCUUUCAGAAGCCUUUCUCCUCGGGCAAAGGCAUUUCAAAAAGACAGUGGAUAAAGUUACUAAAGCAUGCUGUUUUCAGCUGUGUCAUAUCCCUCCUGGGCUUCUUCGGGCUGACGCUCUGCGGACCUCUCAGGACGUUGUUGCUUUUUGAGCACAGUGAUGUGGUGGUCAUCGCUCUCCUCGGUGUCCUGUUCACGAGCUCCGGGGGGGGUCCUUCCAAGACCAGAGGCGCCGCGCUCUUCAUCAUCGCUGUGAUCUGCCUCCUCCUCUUUGACAACGACGACCUCAUGGCGAAGAUGGCGGAGCACCCCGAGGGACGUCACGACAGCGCGCUCACGCACUUCCUCUACACGGCCAUCGCGUUUCUAGGGGUUGCGGAUCAUAAAGGGGGCGUCGUGCUGCUGGUGGCCGCCCUGUGCCUGAAGGUGGGCUUCCACACGGCCUCCAGGAAGCUGUCGGUGGAAAUCGGCGGAGCGAAACGCCUCUACGCCCUCGAUAACCUGGUGUCGGCCGUUGUGCUGCUCCCCUGGGUCGUCGUGCUCUCCUUGACCACAGAGAGUAAAGUGGAAUCGUGGUCGUCCCUCAUCCUGCCCUUCGGCAUGAUCAUCCUCUCCGUCGUGAUCCUGGAGUUUUACGUGGAGGCCAUCUGCAACACGAAGAUGGAGACGCCGCGGUGCGCCCGCUACGGCGCCGUCACCCUCUCCCUCAGCGCCCUGCUGCUCGCCAACUUCUGGACCCACCCGCUGACCGACCAGCUGCGCUCCACGAGCAAACCGCCGCUGCGGGUCGGCACGGAGCACGUGCUCUCGGGAGGAGUCAUCGUCAGCGCCGUCUUCUUCAUCAUGUCCUCCAGUAUUCUCUCUUCCCCCUCAAAGAAGGGUCAGAAAGGCACCCUGGUGGGUUACUCGCCCGAAGGGACGCCGCUCUACAACUUCAUGGGCGACGCCCUGCAUCACACGUCGCAGUCGCUCCCGCGCUUCAUCAAAGAUUCCCUGAAGCAGAUCCUGGAGGAGUACGACUCCAGACAGAUCUUCUACUUCCUGUGUCUCAACCUGGCCUUCACCUUCGUGGAGCUGUUCUACGGGGUGUGGACCAACAGCCUGGGCCUCAUCUCCGACGGCUUCCACAUGCUGUUCGACUGCUCCGCGCUGGUGCUCGGCUUGUUCGCGGCGCUCAUGACGCGCUGGAAGGCCACCAGGAUCUUCUCCUACGGGUACGGCCGUGUGGAAAUCCUCUCUGGGUUCAUCAACGGCCUCUUCCUCAUGGUCAUCUCGUUCUUCGUCUUUGUGGAGUCCGUCAGCCGCGUGCUGGAUCCUCCGAACAUAAACACGGACAUGCUGACUCCGGUGUCUGUGGGCGGCCUACUGGUCAACCUGGUGGGCAUCUGCGCCUUCAGUCACGCUCACUCCCACGGCGGCAAGAGCUGCUCGUCCAAUGACCACGGCCGCUCGGCGAGCGACCACGGCCACUCGCACCACGGCCACUCCCACGGCGAGCACGGCCACGGACACUCCCAUGGCUCCUCCUCCUCCUCCGGGGGCGGCGGCGGGGGCAUGAACGCGAACAUGAGAGGCGUCUACCUCCACGUCCUCGCCGACACGCUGGGCAGCGUCGGCGUCAUCAUCUCCACCAUCCUCAUCCGCCAGUUCGGCUGGCUGAUCGCCGACCCCAUCUGCUCGCUCUUCAUAGCCACGCUCAUCUUCCUCAGCGUCAUCCCGCUGCUGAAGGACGCCUGCGAGGUUCUGCUGCUGCGGAGCCCGCCGGAGAACGAGAAGGAACUGACGGACGCGCUGGAGAAGAUUGAGAAGAUCGAAGGAGUUCUGUCGUACAGAGACGCUCAUUUCUGGAGGCAUUCGGCCAACAUGAUCGGCGGCACCAUCCACCUCCAGAUCAUGGCCGACGUGGUGGAGCAGAGGAUCAUCCAGCAGGUGACGGCCAUUUUGAAAGACGGCGGGGUGAACAAUCUGUCGGUGCAGGUGGAGAAGGAGGCGUACUUCCAGCACAUGUCUGGACUCAGCACCGGGUUUCAUGAAGUCCUGGCCAUGACGCAGCAGAUGGAGUCCAUUAAAUGCCUGACAGACGGGACGUGCAUCAUGUAGCGACCAAACGAAACCGUCUCGUCACCUUGUUUCUUUUUGUUUUCUUUUUCAUUGAAAUGUACAGUUUAUGUAUCUGUGAGUUGAAAUAUAUUGGUUUAAUCUUU